AUGCAAGCAUCGAUUCGAUCAGCACAAUUCAUCCUGCCAGCUUCUCCAUUCGAUGAGACACUUGCGUUCUUUACAAAUCGAUUGGGCUUUCAACUUGAUAGUAUUUUUCCAGCUGACGAUCCAGCAAUCGCUGUAAUUUCUGGUUAUGGACUAAAUUUAAGACUGGAACGCAAUCAGAACGAAAUGGCACAAUCUGCUGGUACAAUUCGUUUAGUACUGAACAAUGAUUCUGAACUUUUUCAGAAUGACACUACAGAAAUGUUAGCACCGAAUGGUACGAAAAUUGAAAUAGUGAAAGAAACCACUAAAUUACAUAUACCAUCUAUCGAACAAUCAUUUGUUCUGCGUAAAAUGGCUACUGAUGCCACAUGGAUCGCAGGACGUGCGGGAAUGAAUUAUCGCGAUUUGAUUCCCGGCCGGUUAGGUGGUCGGUUUAUUGCAUCGCACAUUCGAAUUCCAACUGGAGGUCCAGUGGCUGAUCAUGUGCAUUACCACGAAAUUCGAUUUCAAAUGAUCUACGUCGUUCGAGGCUGGGUACGACUCAUUUAUGAGGAUCAAGGACCUUCAUUCGUACUUCAAGCAGGAGAUUGUGUUUUACAGCCUCCUCUAAUUCGUCAUCGAGUGCUGGAAAGUUCAGCCGGCCUUGAAGUUAUUGAAGUUGCAUGUCCAGCGACACACAACACUUUAAUCGAUCAUCAAAUGCAAUUACCUACUGCAGAGUAUCGACCUGAUCGUGAUUAUGGAGGACAACGCUUCGUGAAAUAUCUAGCAGAAAAUGAGACUUUGCAAUGGUAUCCAUGGGUUUCCGCUGGAUUUGAAUUUCGAGAUAGUGGAAUUAGCUUAGCCACUGCGAAUCUAGCCGGUGUUUGUAUUGUUAGAAACAAUGGUAAUCCAUCGACUCAACUGUUGCGACAUGAUGCUGAGUUCGUCUUUAGAUUUAUUCUUAACGGUGAACUGACACUACAUGUUACAGGUCAUGCCUCGGAAAAGAUGACAAGCGGAGAUUCCUUUGUAGUUCCUGAGAAAAUAUUAUACAAGUUUACUGAAUGUUCAAAAGAUCUACAAUUUCUUGAAGUAUCACUUCCUGGAACUAUUAAUUGUGUUCACGCAUAA